GCUUAGCUUUCUGGCCAAUAUGGACGAUUUCACGAUGCUGCCGGAGGGAUGCAUCUCUGAAAUCGUUUCCUUCACUUCGCCGGCCGAUGCAUCGGCGUUGUCCGUCAUCUCCAAACGCUUCAAAUCGGCAACUGAGUCAGACACCGUAUGGAAGAAAUUUUUGCCGUCUGAUAUUGAUGAAAUCGUCUCAAAAUCAUCCGCUCCCUUUGAUUUGCCACCCACCAAGAAGGAACUUUAUAUGUUCCUUUCUCAUUCCCACAUUUUCCUUGAUGGAGGAAAGCUGGGUCUUUUUCUGGAUAAAAGAACUGGAAAGAAAUGUUUCAGAGUUGCAGCCUCAGAACUUGUUUUCACCCACAGGAAUGUCACAAAUCGCAUGUAUACGGAACCAGAGCUAUUAUGUUCCAGGCACUCUGAUGUUGCUGUAAUCAAGUCACAUGAUCGCGAGUAUGACAUUUAUGGGAGAAUGAGCAGUGAAAAGUUAUCUGAAGAAACACGCUACUCAUCCUAUUUGGUGUUCAAGCUAUCAGCGCCUUCAGCGGAGCAUGUCUACAUCACGCUCUCAUUCUGGGGAGUGUGUAGAUUUGUUGACAAUGAGGAUAAAGAUGUGGCCGAAAUGAGAUCUCGGUUUUAUAAUUUUGGAUUUCCCGUUGUUAGAGACGAUGGAUGGUUGGAGGUGGAAAUUGGGACCUUUUUCAACGCUGGAGGGAAUCGAGGUGAUGUUGAAUCAUGUUUGUUUAAUGUCGUUACUGGGUACGGCCGAUUCCUUACUGUGCGAGGGCUUGAAAUUCGGCCAGAAAUUAUUUUUGGAGGUAUGAGUGAUUGGGGAUUUUCUAAAGAAUUUUUGGAAGUAAAAGCCGAUUUCUAGCUAGAGAUUUUAAUGUAUUACAUUCGAUGGGGUGUAUCCAUCUACUAUCAGGACAUGUUGAAUCUCAUUCUCGUAAUUGCUUGGAAAUCUUAUGUUUUGGUCAUCGUUUUUUUCAAUUAUAUUUAUUUUAGUAAUAAAUCCGUC